AUGGGGCGCUCCGGGCUGCCUCUCCACGCGCUGGUAGCCGCGGCUCUCACCCUGGUGGCCGCCGACGACUGUCCAACAACCUGCUUCGACGAUACGUGCGACGCGUGGAUCGGCAAGGGCACGACCUGCACGGAUCUGGAGCAAGACUGGGGCUGCACAUGCACCGGUUGCGACUGCGACGGCAGCGGCGGCACCGACGAGGACUCGUGGUCUGUCGAGAGCCUCGAGAGCGGGGGUGCGACGCGCUAUUACUGGGUCUACGCGCCCGACGCGGCGGAGCCCUCGGGCAUGAUGCUCUUCUUCCACGGCGCGGGCGGCGGCGCCGACGUGAGGCACGAGUACCGCGUGGCCGAGAUGGCCGACGCGUACGGCUUCGUCGGCGUCGUGCCCAUCGGCAGCCCGGGCGACGACGACGAGGACGACAAGGGAGGCGACGACAAGUCGUGGGGCGACGACAAGUCGUGGGACGACGACAAGUCGUGGGACGACGAGAAGAGGCGGCGCAUGGACGAGGCGGAAACGGAGUGCUGCUUUUACUGGAACGUCGACGUCGCGGACGGCGUGAACGACGUCGACUUCAUCCACGCGGUCGUCGCGGAGGUCGCGGCGGACUACGCCGUCGACGCGGACAAGCCCGUGAUCGCGCUCGGCUUCUCGAACGGGGCCGGCGUGUCGGAGCUCCUCGGCUGCCACGACAGCUACGACCUCUGGGUCGCGCACCUAGGCGUCCACUACCAUCCCGAGGCGGACUGGCCCUCGACGUGCCAGUCGAAGUAUUCGAAGUGCCCCGAGUGGAACGCCGUCGGCUCGGAGGACUGGUUCCUCGACGAGAUCGACGGCGCUGACGGCGUCCUCGCGCAGUUCGAGGCGAGCCGCGACGCCGCGGGCUGCCCCGAGGAGGCGGCGAGCCAGGACGGCGAGUGCUACGUGUACGCCAGCUGCCCGUCGCUCGGGCAGCUGUGCGUGUACGACGGCGUCGGCCACGCGAUCACCGACACGACGACGGAGUCCGCGUGGACGUAUUUGACGGGCGACGGGGCCUGCGCGCCCACCUCGGAGGAGUGCGCGGACAGCGUGAGCUGGUACUACAAGAAGGAGUCGAAGACGUGCGCGACCUUCGUGUCCAAGAAGGCGAAGAACUGCAAGAAGCGGGACGACGCCGGCGGGAUCAAGGCGAAGGUGGCGUGCCCGGCGACCUGCGGCGAGUGCCCGUGCGCGGACAGCACCUCGUGGUACAAGAAGAAGACGAAGAAGGACUGCGACUACGUCUCGAAGAAGUCGAAGCGCUGCAAGCUCAAGGACGACUACAAGGUCAAAGCGAAGGAUAGCUGUCCCUCGUCGUGCGGGACGUGCUAA